AUGCUUACAGAGUUUCAGAAUAUCCGGUCAGCCUACUCCUUCAUAUGUGCCAACUAUACCGAUGGUGAUGAGAUCAUCCUUGUGGGCUUCUCACGGGGAGCCUUUACCGCAAGGUCAGCUGCGGCAAUGGUCUCGGAUCUAGGGCUCCUGACCCGCGAAGGCAUGGAGUAUUUCUACCCCAUCUACAAGGACAGGCGGCAUUGGCGGGAUACCAAAUAUAAGGAUCCUUUUCCGGAUACACCGUUUAGUGAUAAGCCCAAAGGGGAUGAUGCUUCACGGAAGUAUCGAGAGAUGCUUGUCGAGGUAGGCUUGUUCUCUCUAUUUUUCUUGGGAAUACCCCAUUCAACCGCCGAAUUUCGCUUACUUGACACUGACUUGUCAGAUCGUAUCGAGUAUGCCUUUCAUGCACUUGCCCUCGAUGAACACAGGUCCUCAUUUAUACCUACAGUGUGGGAGCGCACCGUUGAUAACCUGGGUGCCACAGACUUACGCCAGGUUUGGUUUCCAGGCAAUCAUGGAAAUGUAGGCGGGGCCUGGAAAGAUGCCGGAAUGUCCGACAUUACUUUGGCUUGGAUGAUGGAUCAGCUUGCGUCCAUUGGCGUCGAGUUUGAUGAGGCAGUCAUCAUGCGCCUUUUUGACCAGCUUGAACACUCUUACCGCGACAUGGCUGAGAAAGACCCCAAGUGUACGCAUGCACAGAAGCACCCGAGACCAAGCAGGCCGUUGAUAGAAGUCGAACCACCUCCAAUAGAGUCGAACAAUCUCCCAGAAUGGGUGCGAUUCCGACUGCGAAGUCUUUCAACGGCAACCGAUACUGGGAAGAAGAUCAUCGGCGAGAAGCACUGGGCCAUCAAGCCCAUCUGCGCAAGAAAUAUCCCCCUUCGACCCUGGGCGCUCGGCGCAAUUCGCGGUUCCAAGGCUGCCGGAUCCAAAGUUCGCUCACCAUGCGCCUAUAAGAAGAGAGAUCCUAUCACCGGAAAAAAGACCAAAGACUUCCUCGAGGAUACCAACGAGCGGAUGCAUAGCUCUGUGCGUGUCCGUCUCGCGUUAGAGGGGCUUGGGCUCAACGACAAAGGUGUCUGGGAAGCUCCGGCACUGAAAGGGAAAUGGGCCUUGCGAAAGACCACUCGAGAAUUUUUGGAUCCCAUCCCCAAAACUGUGACAUCCUGGGAGAAAAGUACCGCAUCAGCUGCAACAACAUCCUGGAAGAAGAAGCUGGACCUGUCCAACAAUCAGACUGCACACAAACAAGAUGACGACGAGUCGCUGGCUGCUUCAAAUGCCGCAACGUUAGUAGAGACGGCAGUUGAGCAGCAGCGCCCGUUGCAGGCGAUGGAUAACAAGGGUUACAGGUGGGUUUGGGAGUAUUGUGGCAAUGCGAAGGAUGCACCACCCCAGAAGGUGAUGGUAGAGGAGCAGCUGGGGCCGUUUGAAAGACAGUUGCUGAGAUUGUUAGGGGGUGUGCCAAAUGUGUAUGAGUUCGCCGAGACGGUGGAGCGGAUGGAUGGGAGGAAGGUGUAA